AUGCCUGCACGCAAACGACGGCGCUCUCAAGCAUUUGGGCGGGAUCACAGCCAGGACGCUGCCCCCGGCUCCAUUGCCUCAAAUGAGGAUGAUGUUCGAUCAGAUGAUGUAGGUGAGACGGUGGACUCGCCAAACGGUGCUCAGCAUGAAGAAUCUGUGAGCAAGGAGGUAUCAAAAGAAGCGGAGCUUUGGGAGGCGUUCAAGGAGGAGUAUCAUGAAGCUCUCGAGCAGCUGCCUUUGCAGUUACAUCGACAUUUCGCAUUGAUGAAGGAAUUAGAUGAGGAAGCCACCAGGCACGCUGCAAAGGUCACCCCAGUUCUGCAGCAAUAUAUCUCGGUCCGGAGAUCCUUGGCCGGCUUACCAGCCCGAACACCAGACCCUGUCAAAAUGCCGCUAGAAAGCCCCGAAAGCACUCCACUUGGGGACGGGGACACAACGAUGAAAGAUGGCACCGAAGCUGAACUUAAUCACUCUGAGAAAAGUGCUUUCAUAUCUCGGAAUGCGCCAUCUCCACAUGCUGGUGCUCGGAAUCCGUUCCCGUCCAAACAACCUGAUCCUGUCGGACCGUCCACCGCCGCUUCCUUAUCGACUCAGCGCACACCAGUAUCGGCACCAGUUCUUCUAGAAUCCCAAACGCCCUUUGAGCUUCCCCGGGAGCUGCUAUCCCAGGUCGCCCGUCUAGCAGAAGACGCCGUUCAGGCAUCUCUUGAGAAGGUUCAUAUCGCUCAAGCUGCAUAUAACUCAGUGGAUCGGCAUAUCCGUAUGCUAGAUCGAGCUAUCAAGGAACAAGAAGAUGCUCUCUCUCUCGAUCUCCAUCCUGGUUAUCAUCCAGCUCUCCUACCCGACCUCCUUGUUCCACGGUGGACCCGUGGACCACGCAUAGAAUCAAGCCCACUCCCCGGUUUUGAUGCACUUGAUGACGAAAACAUGGACGUCGAUGUCGAGGAUGCAGAAGUGGACAAUGGAGACGAAGAAAGUCCUGCUUUCGGGUUGACCUCUGGCGAUGUGGCGGCUGACAGGGGACGCAGUGCUUCUAAAAAGAGCAAGAAAGGCAAGGGGAGAAAAAAGGAGAAAGACGCUGCUGAGAGAGACACAAGCAAGGCAACAACGCCUGCGCCUCAACCAAACUUCAAGCUAAAGAUUCCUCCUUCCACCGCUGUUGUUUCAGGGGACCUGCCAGUUCAUCCAAACGAGCCAAAGUAUUGUUACUGCGAUCAGGUAUCUUAUGGACACAUGGUGGCCUGCGACAAUGCUGGAUGCAAACGCGAAUGGUUCCAUUUAAGUUGCGCUGGUCUCACAGAACCGCCAAAGUCUACUAAGUGGUACUGUCGGGAAUGCACAGGGAAGCGGAAAGGACGAUAAUCGUUCACCUCGUGCGAUGAAUUUGUAAAGAUUCUGUACUAUUCAAUUCUGUACUAAUGUAAUUCCUAGAUGAUGUGGCUCGGUACGGAAGGGGAACUGAUAAUAAUGAUAUAGGUAUACAUGAUACU